ACCAACAUCUCAAAUCACUGCUACUCCAAAGCCGCUGUAGCAGCCGAUGCUGGGAAAUGUUCUGAGAUCGGCAGGGACGUGUUAAAACGAAAUGGUUCUGCUGUGGACGCCGCCAUCACAGCGCUGCUGUGUGUCGGACUGUUUAACGCUCACAGCAUUGGCAUCGGAGGAGGACAUUUCUUCAUCAUCUAUAACGGCACUACAGGGAAAGUGGAGACAAUCACGGCGAAGGAAAUGGCUCCCCGAAACGCAUCACGUGACAUGUUCGGCAACAGCACACAACUCGCUCAAAAAGGAGGCCUGUCCAUCGCAGUCCCCGGUGAGCUCCGUGGCUAUGAACUGGCACACCGGCGUCAUGGCCGCCUGCCGUGGAAGGAGCUGUUUAAGCCGAGCAUCCAGCUGGCACGUGAUGGCAUCCGAGUCAGCAGAGCUCUCGCCAAAUCCAUGUGGGAUAACCAGGAGGCCAUUCAGGCUGAUCCAGCACUGUGUGAAGUAUUUUGUGAUUCCAACAAAACAAUCCUGAGGGAAAACGACACUAUCAGAUUUCCACGGCUAGCAGACACCUACGAGAGGAUCGCUGAGGAAGGAGCUGAUGUUUUUUAUAAUGGCUCCAUGGCUAAAACGAUAGUGAAUGACAUCCGGGCUGCAGGUGGUGUUAUAACACUUGAAGACCUGUCAGGGUAUACAGCAGAGUUGAAUGAAAGCUCAUUGAAGAUAAAUGUAGGAGAAUACACCAUGCAUUUUCCAGAUGCUCCAUCUGGCGGUCCUGUGCUAGCGCUAAUCCUCAACAUUGUGAACGGUUAUAAUUUCUCACACCGCAGUGUGUCGACUACAGAGAAGAAGACGCUCACUUACCACCGCAUCAUCGAAGCUUUCCGCUUCGCCUUCGCUAUGAGGAGCAGGCUGGGAGAUCCUCACUACCUCAACAUCACUGACCUCAUCCACAACAUGACCUCAGACUACUUUGCCGAUGACAUCCGCAGUAAGAUCACAGAUAACACCACGCACCCAGAGAGUUUCUAUGGGCCGGAAUACUUUAACCCUGAGGAUCAUGGGACGGCUCACCUGUCCAUCAUCGCUGAGGAUGGGAGCGCCGUGGGUGUGACCAGCAGCAUCAACCUGCAGUUUGGUUCUAAAGUGAUGUCACGUUCCACUGGAAUCAUCUUUAACGAUAUGAUGGAUGACUUCAGUUCUCCAAACAUCACAAACGCAUUCGGCAUUCCUCCUUCUCGUAGUAACUUCAUCCAACCAGGUAAAAGGCCGCUCUCGUCCAUGAGCCCAACCAUCAUCUGCGACAAACACAACAAAGUUAAAAUGGUCGUGGGAGCUGCAGGUGGGACGAAGAUCACCACGGCAACGGCUCUGGUGAUCCUGAACACUCUGUUCUUUAACUACGAUCUGAAGAGAGCUGUAAAGGAACCCAGAUUCCACAACCAGCUCAACCCCAACGACACCGUGCUGGAACAGGACUUCGAGAAGAGUGUUAUAGAUGGACUAGAGCAGAAGAAUCAUGUGAUAAAGUGGUUGGAGGGUACUCCUUCAGUGGUUCAGGCCGUGGUGAGGCAGGAUGAUCAGAUCUGUGCAGAAUCGGACCCACGGAAAGGAGGAUAUCCCGCCGGCUACUGAAACAAACUUUAAUAAUAAUCAACUUUUAUCUGUACAGAUAUUUACACACACCAUCUCCCUCCAUAUACUGUUUAUAUUUCAUAUAUUUUAACUAUUUGCUGGAAGACACGGGUUAAAAUUUGACCUUAAAUUAAAGAAGAAACACUUUUGGAUGUAAAGAUGGAUGGUGUGGCUUCUUUUAUUUAUUGUAUUCAGUUCAUAUACAGCCAGAUUGUGCUCCUUACAUUCCUUCUGAAUGCUGUAUUAUUUGAUCUCACUUCAUUUCUUCUAUUGUGUGUUGGAAAAAAAAAGUGUGGAAGAGAAAUACAACACAUGGAGACUGAAUAUAUUUUUUAUAUUUGAAAAAAAAGAGACAAAAAUCAGCGUGAAAAUGAACAGACUGGUGAAUUGUCUGUUUUUGCUUCUAAUCAAAUUGAAGUCAUGUGAAAUGUGAUAUGAAAUGAAACAUGUCGUGGCUGAUGGAGUACAUCUGGAGUAAGUAGGAACUUUCUGUAUGGUUUAUUUAUUUACAAUAACUAAAUCAAAUAAAAAUAAGAACAGUAGGUUAAAGACAAACAUUAUUACAUUCUGAAGUCUGGCUUUUCCCACAGACACUACACUUUAAUUCUACUUAAUGUUCUUAUUAUAAACUCAGCCAUGUUAAAGCUCUGUACUGAACUGUAGAACACAGGCUCUGUUCUAACCAGACCUCCUGAUGUUGGAGAUGUCAGAGGGAGUAUUACCCAUAAUGCACCGCAUGUAAUUGUACAUCAGGUUUAAUGCAAAUCCACGUGUACUCAUUAGAAUGAAUUCCAGUAAGAAGACUAUCCAGUGCGAGAGUUUGGAACACAGCCCUUCAGUGCUUUAUUUCUCUACAAUGAUCACUUGUUGGAGAUACACAAUCUUUAACAUCUGCCAGACGGUUUUG